CACUAUAUUUGUUACAAUCACCUUGUCUGUCACAUUCUACUCUUUACACAGCCCCAAUCAUCCAAUAGAAAAAGACUGUCAGACUAUUUUUUACUAUUCUCACUCUUUCGAUCUGACCCACUCGCUCUUUGUGGCGCGUGUGACGCGUAUCUAAGUUUAAACUAAACCAGCUCCAGCUCUCUCGGUUUGAAGCUCUGUUACUACUUUCUUUUUUGCUUAAAUUCCAUAGCUUUUCAAAACCGGACGCAGCAAAUCCAAGAAAGCCAAAACCGAACUUGACUCAAAAAGAAGAGCUGAGAGAUAGAGAGAGAAAGAGCGAGAGAUUCAGUCACUCACUACUCGCACUUUCACGGACCCAAAACCCAGAAGAGAAAAAGAGCAGAGUACAGAGCAGUAAUGGGGGAUAUGUAUGACAAAAGCAUUUGUUCAUCUUCGGCAUCCGAUGAAAUUUCGCUUUUUCUACAGCAGAUUUUGGUACGGUCUUCUUCUUCGUCUUCGGCGAUGAGAACGCAGUUCUCGUUGACGUCGCCGGGCAAUCUGAGCCGUAUGUGUCCCUCAUCGAAGAUGGUUGGAGAUGGGAUCUCGGCGGUUGAUUCUUCCGGUGCUUAUUUCAUGGGGAAUAACAACAAUAAUAAUAAUAAUACGAGUGGUGGCGUGGCAGUCGUAGCUCCUAAUAAUGUGUCGUCGUCUUCGGUGGGAGCUAGUGAGAAUGAGAACGAUGAGUAUGAUUGUGAAAGUGAGGAGGGUCUGGAAGCAUUGGUGGAAGAGGUUCCGGCGAAGAGUGCAAUGGGUCGAGGUUCCUCGAAGAGAAGCAGAGCCGCCGAAGUUCAUAACUUGUCUGAAAAGAGAAGGAGGAGUAGGAUUAACGAGAAAAUGAAGGCAUUGCAGAAUCUAAUUCCAAAUUCUAACAAGACGGACAAGGCUUCAAUGCUUGAUGAAGCCAUUGAGUAUCUCAAACAGCUUCAACUUCAAGUACAGAUGUUAGCAAUGAGAAAUGGAUUGAGUUUGCAUCCAGUAAGUCUACCCGGAGCGCUGCAGCCUGCUCAUCUGCCCCAUAUGAGAAGGGACUUUGGUGAGGAAAAUAGGUCUCUGCAGCUGAACAUGACAGGCACAUAUCCUAUGAAUCAAGAAACUUCAACACCGAGUCUAUUUUCAAUUCCCAAUCAAUGUACCUCCUCAAACCAGCAACUGGCUCCAGACAUGUUAAAUAUACUCAACUCAGAAGCCACUCUUGGGAUAGAAUCACAAGUCCAGGCUCACCCAGGGGCCUCCUUUCAAUUGCAAACAUCUGCUCAGGAAAUAUCCAGAGAAAACAGAAUUCAUCACCAGCAACAUACAAGCCUAAACCAGUUAGAGAGAAGUCCUUUAGAAUUUGACAUGGAAGCCAUGGCUACAGUGACUUCAUUCAAUAGACAAGCAUCGGUUUUGAAGGGCAAUGAUUCUUUAGAAACUUGUUCCCUUGAAGGAGAUUGGUCAGAAGGUGGGUUACUUAAGGCUCUAGAACAAAGCCUAAUACUUCCCUCCCAUUUGAAUAGCAUGAGGACAGGUAGAACUUGCUCAAAUGACAACAUCAAGAUUGAAAGAGCAAACCUAUGACUCCUCAACUUUCCAGACUUAGUAUAGCUAUAUAAGAUUAUGGCCUGCUUCUAAGCUGAACUUCAAUUGGGUAUAUCUUUCUUUUUCUUGAAUGCUUGAACCUGGGGAAAGCUUGUUACGUAGCUUGCAAAAGUAUAUAUGACUUUUUUCUUUUUCUUACUUACUCUUAGUGACCACAUAGAUAUUUUUACAUGUUUUUGUAUCUAUGAGCACAAGACCAGCAUUGUUCACAAUAUGCUUAAAUCAUGUAAAAAUCUUUUGUAUGAUGUCAACACGCAGAGCUACAAUGGUGCUCUAGUUAGAUUGUUGAACUGAACUUGGAAUAGCAGCAGCUUCACUUGUAGUGUCACAUCUAGUUAUCCAAACCCUUAUAUAAAGAUGGCUUAAUCGGAA